AUGGUCGAGUUCCGCGGCGACGCCGACCACGGCCGCGUCUUCACCCUCGGGGAGGCGCUGUCGAGCUGCGUCGCCUUCGGCUGCCAGAACCCGCGGGACCGCAUCUACGCGCUGGCAAACGUCCUCGAGGAGAGACCCCUCGCGCCGGACUACGCCGUCGAGCCCGCGGUGCUCUACAUCCGCACCAUGCGCGACGUCCUCGAGCGCGCCGGCUCCUCGCUGGAUCUCAUGGCCUUUGCCGGGACGGGGUACGGCGGCGAGCCUGUCGUGGGCGGCCUGCCGUCCUGGGUCUCGGAGUGGAAUCGGCACCGGCCGCCACGCGCCUACGACUCGUACAGCGCGGGAUCGCAUCACCGCCCCGUGGUCAGGUUCUGCGACUCCGACCCCACCACCAUCACCGUCGAGGGAUGGGAUCUCGACGACCGCCUCGAGCACCUCACCGAGCCUUUGGAAGUCGGCGCCGGGACGGACCCGGUAGGAAGCAACGACAUACAGCGAUCCUGGUAUGCGGUGGCCGAAACCAUGGCCGUGCGCCACGCGACCCCGUACGGCGAACAGAGCCCUCGGGAGAGUUUCGUGCGGACGCUGCUGGGGGACCGCAUCUCCGUCCCUGCCCGCCCGCCGACGACGGAGGAGUGCCAGAAGAAAUACAGCAGUCUAAAAGAGUACUCCUAUCUCUUCAAAUGGGCGCACCCGUUGCAACCACAAAGGGCGGGCCUCAUCCGGCGAUUCCUGACCGCCUGCUGGAUGGAUUUGACGAUCGACCCCACGGAACAGCUCCUCAUCCAGCAACGGAUUCGGCAGUCGGAAUCCAUGGGCGAGAACUUUUCCUUCUCUAAAUCUGAGCAUCCUGCCCUCUUGCAACGCUUCUAUCAAGUCUCGGCGACCAAGGCAGAGUUUCUGUACUUCUGUCAGGUAUACGGGCGACGAUUUAUCGUCACUGAACGGGGCCGGAUGGCUGUCGUGCCGCCGCAUGCCAAGAAAGGCGACGUUAUCUGUAUCAUGAAAGGCGCUCGCAUGCCAUUCAUCUUGCGGAGGAAAAAGGUCGCGGGGGGGGUUUCGGAACGGUUCGAGCUUGUGGGGGCUUGCUAUGUGCAUGGCCUCAUGGACGGCGGGAAUGCGAACGAGCCAGAGAAAGAGUUCACUCUCAUCUAG